UGGAAUGGGUAUGCUUGGCAGCUCCGAGAGAAAUAUGGAGAUGUCUUCACCAUCUACUUGGGGCUAAGGCCCGUGAUCAUGCUAUGUGGGACAGAUACCAUACGGGAGGCCCUGGUGGACCAAGCUGAGGCUUUCUCUGGUCGGGGGACAAUUGCUGUCACAGAAGCUGUCUUCCAGGGAUAUGGUGUGGGCAUGGCAAAUGGGGAACGCUGGAAGGCCCUUCGGAGAUUCUCCUUGGCCACCAUGAGGGACUUUGGGAUGGGAAAGAGGAGCGUGGAGGAGCGGAUUCAGGAUGAGGCUCAGUGUCUGGUGGAGGAGCUGCGGAAAUACCAGGGUGGCCUCAUGGACACCUUGUUCCUCUUCCAAUCUGUCACUGCCAACAUCAUCUGCUCCAUUGUCUUUGGAAAAAGAUUUGACUACAAGGAUCGCCAGUUCCUGAGGCUUCUGGACCUGAUCUAUCGGAACUUUUCACUCAUCAGUUCCUUUUCCAGUCAGGUGUUUGAGCUCUACCCCAGCAUCCUGAAACAUUUUCCGGGCACACACAGAGAAAUUUACAAAAAUUUGCAGGAAAUCAAAACCUUCAUUGGCCACAGUGUGGAGGAACACCGUGAAACCCUGGACCCCAGCGCCGCCAGAGACUUCAUUGAUAGCUACCUGCUCCGUAUGGAGAAAGACAAGUCUGACCCGAACACUGAGUUCCACCACAAGAACCUCAUCCUGACCUCACUUUCACUCUUCUUUGCUGGCACAGAGACCACCAGCACAACUCUCCGCUAUGGCUUCCUGUUUUUGCUCAAAUACCCCAAUGUCACAGAGAGAGUCCACAAAGAAAUCGAUCAGGUGAUUGGCUCACACCGCCGGCCAGCCUUGGGUGACCAAACCAAGAUGCCAUACACCGAGGCAGUCAUCUGUGAGAUUCAGAGAUUUGCGGACCUGGCACCCAUUGGUGCUCCCCACAAGGUCACCAAAGACACUCACUUCCGAGGGUUCAUCAUCCCCAAGAACACUGAAAUAUACCCAAUCCUGACUACUGCUCUCAAUGAUCCACGUCAUUUUGAAAAACCAGACACAUUCAACCCUGAUCACUUUCUGGAUGCCAAGGGGGUACUGAAGAAGAGUGAAGCUCUUAUACCUUUCUCCUUAGGUAAGCUGACCCAUUGCCCACCUCCCAGACACUAGAGAGUAGUUCCCAUU